UGCAGCUUCAUUUUAUGGAUUUACCCCCAUUAGUCAGCAGAAUUAAUAAGAUAUUAAAAAUGGAGGGUAGAUUCGAACACAUUCAAAUAAUUUGUCUGUUACUUCUACCUCCGCCCACCCUUUCUCUCAGCGAGCACGCAAGCAGCACGAGGUUUAAAUUAGAAAAAUGGAAGGCGAAGAGUGCAACAUUAACGUGGAGGCGCCAUAUCCAAUACUGUUCAUACCGAAAGUGUGCACACAGUUGGAAACGCACUGCCAGGUGUCAGAAAACGUCUUCAUACACCUGAACAUCUCCUGCCCCGACACUUUCGGCAACGAGACAGUUAUAUACCAGGGCUUCUGCAAUGUGAAAGUUUUGGAUGGCAAUGACAUCAACAUCAGGUAUGGAUCUCCAGAUAGUUUGACCAGCAAUGAAAACAUACCUCUGAUUCUGACUGAAGCAAACCAGAUAACGUUUCCUGCCUACAACGAUUCUCAAGUCUGGAUAGACCCUGCGAGGAGUCCGUAUGUGUACAACCGGUGUGACUCACCACCUAAAGAGAACUACACCGUACGCGAGGCUCAUAAUAACCAUAUAACUAUUGAGCAGCACAACACAUACAUUACGCAGAAUGUGUAUCAGUACAAUGAAGCUGUUCGUUACUCUUCGGUGUGUGAGGAGCAGAAAGCUGUGGAGAAAAUACAAGAAAGUGCUCAGAAUCCCAACGGAUACAACAUGUAUGAGGAAGAUGAGUUUGAAUGUGGUGUGUUUUUAUCUCAAUUGUCAGAAGAAAUUAUCCAUGAGAAGGAGACCAGAGCAAGAGAUGAGAGGAAGUUUAUUGGGUUGCAGACAGACAAUGAAGCUUUGAAACAGCUGAUGUCUUCGGACAUACAGUCCGUAUCAAGACAGCAGAAGACUAUACUGUUCUUGGGUCAUGACUCAGAGUCUGGGCAGACGGUACAGAAUAUUGCUAUCAAUGAUCCUUCGUUGGAGUGCCGAGGAGCUCGAGCUAUGGAGACCGAAGUGCCUGUUGAACCGACACCCGACGAGGCGAACACUAGCUCAACGAACCCACGCGCGAAGAAGUACCAGUGCAACAAAUGUAAACAGAUAUUUGAUCAACUGUCCGCCUUCAAGCAACACAUGGUGGGCAGCCACCGGCUCUCAAACUUGUACGACGUCUCCUCCAACGUCAAGUUCAUGUGCACUGACUGCGGCAAGAACCUAAAAAACCAAGAAAAGUUUGAGCAACACUGCCGCGGACACGGCGACCCCGAUCUAGAAUGCAAUAAGUGCCAUAAAGUGUUCGCAUCAAAAUUCACCUUACGCAAUCAUCGUAAGAUACAUUCUCGAAUGUACCCGUGCAACUUCUGCACGAAAUCAUAUUCUACAUCGCAGGAGUUGCAAGCGCACACAACGAAAGCACACUUUUCCUUUAUGUGUGAGUGUUGUUCUUUCACUUGCGAGAAUUUCGCUGAUCUGACAGCCCAUCAGGAGAUUCAUAAACACGAGUCGCAUUCACAAAUGGAUACUUCUAAGAACUCGAGCGAAUCUGACUUUGCUGAGGCAGGAGGUCUGUUCGAGGAGAUCAGUGACCUGUCGGUGCCCGAGGACAUGGUGAAGCGGGAGCAGGAUGAACGGUUCCAAACUGCUGACUCGGUGAUCGCUAAAGUGAUGUCCAACAAGAUAUUUCGAAGCAAUUCCACAUGUAGCAGUAGUAAGAGUAAGAAACAGCGCAAGUACAACAAGACCUGCGAAGUUUGUUUGAAAAAGUUCGACCGGAUCGGUGACCUUAAGAGACACCUGAUCGAACACGUCAUCAGGAGCACCCUCGCGAAGAACCCAGUCAACAAGUUCGGGGUCCUCAACAUCCGCUGCGAGAUCUGCCAGGAGAAGGUGUUCACCAAGAUAGACAGGUACAAGGCACAUCUCAGGGAGCAUGCUAAGCUCACCCUAUACAAAUGUACCUUCUGCGACAAAUCCUUUAGUGAUUCCAGCAACUUCUCUAAACACAAGAAAAUCCACGGUACCACGUACUUCCAGUGCGACUUGUGUCAACGCAAGUUCAAUUCGAAGAAAAUGAUCACCCAACACAUGGAGUAUCACAACAAUACGAACCCUAUUCAGUGUCAGUAUUGUGACAAAGUGUUCCAUUUCGAGUCUAUGCUUAACAAGCAUAUCAGGUGCUCGCAUACGAAGAUGUCCACUACUAAAUUCAGAUGUAGAUUUUGUCGGAAUUACUUCAAGAGUUUGAAGGAGAAAUGGGACCAUGAAUGGACGGUCCAUAAUGUCAGGAAAGCAAUCGUGGAUUGUCUCUUGUGUGGCUCUAGGUUCAGGAAGUAUGCUGAGCUAAAGAGACAUUGCACAGACGAGCAUGACACCGCCAUACCUCAAGCGAAACGGUUGCUACGGUGGAAAAUGAAACGAAAGAUGCAAUUGCUCGACGAAAAUUUGUAAAUGGCUGGACCAAUUUACACGCAAUAUUGAUUCUUAUUGCUUUUCCUUUAUAGUUUAGUUUUCGAUUAAUGUUUAUUUAUUUUAGUUGUCCUUUAGUGUUCGUGAUCAAACGCUUGAUGUGAUAUUUUAUUAGAUUGAUACUGUCUUGUUGUUCUCUGAGUUCUUGGUUCGAUCAGCUGAUUACGACAAGUAAUUCCUGAUUUUCGAUACAAAAUUGUCAAAAUAAAUGCAAUUGUGGCCUAUGAAAGGAC